CGAAGGCUUCAGUGACCCCAACCUUUGUUCCCUACCCUGCCAACAGUUCAGACUUGGGAAGCAGCUCUUCAGGAGCAACACACCCCAAUCUUCGCGACUCUUUUGCAUUGUUUGAUAUUAUUCUCCUCUCUUUCUUUUCCAGGAACAUUAUAAGACAGAAAACUUACGACUUUACCCCGGAUAACAGCAUCUGCGCUACUCUUCGUCGCUUAAUCAAAAUGGAGCCUAUGAGGGGCGUCUCUGGUGGUAUGGGAAAGCAGCCUGCUCAACAAGAAACCCCUGAACAGCUUCUCGAUGUCUUCAAGGCAGCUGCUCUCUCGGUGACUAAGCUCUACAAGAUCUCUGCUGCCGGACAGUCUAAGGCACGAGCCGACGGAUAUCAGGAUUGUCUCGAUGACCUUGUGCAGUUCUUGGAUAAGGAGGGAUUGGGUCUCCGCGAUGGAGAAGGACGGAACAUUCGAAAGUGGGCUACCGAAAGGCUCGAUGGCCGCGAGAACAGCUCUAUGAACACGGAGAGCGAGGAUGAGGCGGAGAAGGUGGAGACAGCUUCAUCGCCUGAAAUCAGCCGCCAAAGUGUCCCUCCUCAACAGCCAAGCCAAAUGCGAACCGACUCUGCACCCCCGAGCAUCCCUCCUAUCCACGAAGAACCAACACCGAUCGUUGUCCCUUCUCAGGACAGCUUCAACUUCCAGUCAUCACAUCCGUACCCUAACAUUGCUACUCUUGAUCUAUCGGACUCGAGGUCCCACGACGACACCCCUACUCUUACACGGUCAUCAAAAUCCAGACUCACGGGCAACUCGAGCCGGGCUUGCCCUAGGGGUGCAGGACAUUUGGUGCAAAGAGCAGGGUCUAAACGCAAGCUGAACUUUGAUGAAAUCUUUGACCUUGGUAGUCUCAGUGGAAAGGAUACGUUCGGGAAUGGAGGCAAGCGUAGCCGACACGCUUAAGCGUUUGAUGGAGCGACGAUGCUUUCUCUUUUGUUUUUUGUUUUUUACACAUUACACAACAUAUGUCUCGGAGCACUGGGUACUAGAUGGAACGGAACGGAAUGGGAUGAGGCAUGUUUACAGACGGACGCAUUGACUAGCGAAGAGCAUGGGCGGCGUUUGGAGGACGUAACGAUUGCAUUUGAAGGGUGUCUGUCUGGUUGAACGGUUUUACUUAUUUUGACCUAGCGAUUAACCCCCUUCCUUUUUUACGGUAGCACGAUAAAUUUGACGAUGAUGAUUCCCCUU